AUGGAGAGUCUGAAAUGGUCUGUGAGCAUCAUGACCAAAUCAUACCAGUUCAACUGGCAAAAACACAUUCCUGAUUUCCUGCAGGAAGGAGCCGUGUUUGACCGAUUCGAUGAGAUUGACUCUCGUUGUGGUUUAGCGUCACCUGUCAAGAUGUGCACAGCAGAUCGCAGGGAAGGUGGGGAGAAGCUUCUGGAAUGUUCUCUGAUCAACAGCAUUAGUGUCCCGUCUGUGAGCAUCAUGACCAAAUCAUACCAGUUCAACUGGCAAAAACACAUUCCUGAUUUCCUGCAGGAAGGAGCCGUGUUUGACCGAUUCGAUGAGGAUCCCUUCGUCUUUGAGCCCAGCUGCCAUUUCAAAGUCGACGAGUUUGGCUUCUUUCUCACGUGGAAGAGUGACGGAAAGGAAGGUCAGCUUCUGGAAUGUUCUCUGAUCAACAGCAUUCGUCCCGGAGUCGUACCGAAGGACCCAAAGAUCCUGGCGUCUCUGGAAGCGUCGGGGAAGAGCGAGGCAGAUCUGGACGGCCGCAUCAUCUGCGUGUGCAGCGGGACGGACCUGGUCAACCUCAGCUUCAUGUACAUGGUGACGGACAGCACGGACACGGCCAAGGUGAGCGUUACCACGGUGACACGUCUGACCCACCCUUACCAAAAA